AUGCUGAUUGUGGACAAUAGGGAUAUUGUGAUUCUGCGACUGAUCUGGAUUUUAAGGUAUCUGAACCUUCGGAUGGCCGUCGCAUGUUGCCUGAUCUCUUGGAUCUUGGUCGUGACGCUCAUGAUCUUAUUGCAUGGUGCGUCUGGCCUUGGGGGCAGUCGCCUUCUCCUGCCUUCCUUUGUGUACCUGCCGAUGACCGUGUUUUUCAUCGUCUUUUUCUUUGGACAAGAGCUUUCUCUUGGGCAAUGGUCUCCAUCGAUUUGGAUAGACAGGUUGUGCAUCCAUCAGACAGAUCUGGAGCUGAAGGCCGAGCAAAUCCAUUUCGUGCCCACUUUCGUCGUGCGCUCUUCCCGCAUGCUCAUCCUCUGUGAUGGGUCUUACUUUGAAAGGAUCAAAUGGCAAACUUCGACGUCCGGGCGGGCCAAGUGUUCUGAGCCCUCGGAUCGCGAUGCCAUCGAGAAGCAACUGCAGGACGAGAUUUUUUGCAACCACGACCUGCCAACUCUCAAUUCGGACACCGUGGAUGCGGGGGAGGCACGAAUCAAGACGCAGUGCAGCAACCUGAAGACUGUCGAGUACGUAGUCGAAGAGUGCUGGCACGGCCCAUGUGACUCCGAGCCCUAA